AUGUAUAUCGCCAGUGUUCUUUCGUUGAUGGCGUUGGCGGCCGCGGCCGUGGCUAUGCCUCCCGCAUGCACGCUGGCGUGUGUGAACGACCAGGCGCACCUCUGCGCCAAGAGCCACCUGGACUUUAGCUGUCUGUGUGCUUCCAGAGCCCAUAUCCUCAGAUGUCUGAUCGACAAAUGCCCCUUUGGCAACUACCUGCCUGCCAGAGACCACUAUCUGGGCACGUGCAUCGAGAGAAUUCCCGGCCUGGCGUCCAACCCGCUCUACAAUAUCCAUCUGAGAGAGCGCGAGCCACCGUCCGCGUCGAGCCAUGCGUACUGGAUCUGGGACGCCAAGAACCCAAACUCCGGGGUCAUCAUCAACGGCACGAGUGUGAUUGACGCCAACCGCAGCGAGAGUACCAUUUCCGGCAAGAAGCUGCCGAAGAUGGUCUCGACGGGAGAUUUCUUCAAAGACGAGGAGAAGGCUCGUGACUCAGACAGCAAGGAGCUGGCAACUCUGGAGCAGGAGUACGAGAAAAUGCGGCAUCAAUUCUCGUAUAUGCGGAAGCAGUAUGUGGAAUCAGAGGCCAAGGUGCCAAUGCAGCAGCACUUGGGAGACUCACUGAUUGCGCCCUUGGCUUCCAAAAUCUUUACACCUUCGUACGAGCCGCUGCCUCAAUCGAACGCUCAAAAUGCUGCAAAAGAGAAGCCCACGCUGCACCUCCAGUUUGCAACCCAGCAGCAAUUGUUUGACUCUCCUUACGGAAAGCAGCAACCACACUUUGCAAAAGGCAACUUGAAUAUGGAGGAAAUGAUCCGGCAACUAGACGACGCACUUGCCAUCGACAGCAGCAAUCAGGGUGACGAUGACGAUGACGACGAAUAUGAGGAGACAACGGUUGCAGACGCCCUAAAGAAGGGAGUAGUCAAGAAACUGGCAAAGUCCAAAAAAAGCAAGUCUAAAAAAAUGCGGGCCAAGUCCAAAUCUGCUGCACCCGAUAACAACGGUCUUGCCGGCAAAAAGAUCCGGUUUUCGUCAAAUAUUUUCAGAACGCCCAACUGA